UUGGAGUCUUUUAAAACGCCAAUGCAGUUUAGAUAUUCCCAAUAGAUACUACAGUGAACUCUCGAUAUAACGACAUAACGUGCCAAAGUCCAUUCCCCUUGGAUUUAGUCUUAAGAAAUUUUUGUAAAUCCUUUAACAAACCGUCGAUAUAAUAAACUUUUGAUUUAACGAACCAAAUCUUUUGUCUCCGAACUCAGUUUCUAUUACUAAAAGUAACAGAAACUCGGCAAUAUUUUCAAAUGUAUCACAGACAAAAGAGUGCAAUGUCUUCCAAAUCGAACAGUUCGGAUCUUUGAAAUAUUAGUAGAACAUGCAGUAGAUCAAAACAAAACAAAUUUUGAACUUUUUAGAUAUCAUUUUGUCCAUAACAUUAUCAUCAGUCAUAUUCUCUAAUAGAAAAUGCAUAUGCAAUGGAAACAGUGUUAGAAUCAAUGCUCUCAAAGAGAUAACUCGAUAGGUUUAUGGAGACGUUACAUUGCAUGAAACAACAAUGCUGCUUUGAUUUGCAUUUCUUUUGAACUUCAAUUGUAUUCGAGUAGAGUUCCACUUCAGUACUUUAGAAAUUUGUUGCACUUUUAUAGGGUUAAAAAAAUACAGGAUUUCAAUUAAUUUAGGAAAAAAUUCCAAUAUUUUUUAUUUCUCGGUAUAACGAACUCUCAAUAUACUGAACUUUUCUUUGUUUCUCUUAGCAGUUUGUUAUAUACCGAGAGUCUACUGCACAUGUUUCGGAAAAGAUUGUAUUUUGUUGCUGACAGCUGCAAGACAUGCUUAUUGUUCUAAUGUCGAAUAUUGACAUCCAUAUUAACAAAAUUUACCCGCAAUAGAAGGAGUGUUUAAUCUUUUUAUCAAAAAUUAAUCGUAAACAAUUUUUCACAAAUUGCUUGUGAUAACUUUCUGUCGCUUGCAAAUCACCACAAAUUGGUUUCUUUACAAGGCUUUUUUAUUGGCAAAAACAAUGUUUGACAUCGACUUCAGCAGCUAAUAAAUUAUCUGUUUCUAAGUCUUCUCGAGUUAAGACUUUACUGUUGUUGUAUAGAUUAAAAUGUGGACCCUCGAAAUGACGAACUUGCAAAGGGAAUAGAAAAAAAGUUCCUUAUAUCGACAGUUCGGUGUAUCGAAAUGUAAGAAAAAAUCAUUUUGCUAAGUCGUUAAAACUUUAAAACAGGAGUGCUUCAAAUUCGUAUUUUCUGCUAAGAUUCUGUUCUGAGGCAAAAUGAUAACGAAUUCGAAUAAACACAAGACGUUAAAGAAAUUUUUCACAUAAUACAUUGCAAUGUCUUCAUAAGUAUUAAGUUGUUUUGCUUGCGCGAAAGUUUCCUUAAUCAACAUGGCUAUAAAUGUAAUCUGCAAGAUGCUUAUGCAAGAAGAAUUGCCUGUUAUCAUGACAGUAAAAACUUUCUGAAUCAUAAUUUUUUUUAUUCUCUGUAGCAUUUCGUACUUUGAGUUUGUUGUCAAGUUUUUUUGAGUUCGGGGUACGGAAAAUCUGUUUCCUUAAAUCAAGAGUUCGUUAUUUUGGGAGUUCGUUAUAUAGAAAGAAUAUAUAAUAGUUUUUUAAGACUAAAUCCAAGGGGAAUGGUCUUUGGUUCGUUAUAUCAAGAUGUUCACUGUGUCAGGGGUUCGUUAUUAUCGAGACUCCGCUGUAAUGUCAAAUACUUUCAUUCUACUUCUUAAAAUCCAUGAAGUAGAGCAAAAAAAUUUAUUAUAACCUACUAGUUGAUAAAGACUCGUGGAAAAAUCAACUUAGGUAGUGGUAAAUACGUUCUUUCUAAUAAAAUGAAAGUUGCUCACGUGACUCUCUGCCAACUUCAAUCAUCAUCUGAAAGUAUUUAACAUGGAUAACUAAUUAAGAAGUAAAUUGAUUUUUUCAAUCCUAUAAGUUUGAAAAAAAAAUAUUUCAGUUUUUAUGCAUAAGGCAGAAAACGCUGACAAUGUAUAACUUUAUACAAGAGAUGAAGAAGAUGGUCUUUAUGUUGAUGCUUGCUUCGGCAUGCUUUGCUACUCAGUUAAAAGUAGGAGGGACUAAUGUAUGCAGAAGAUCAGUUUCAUACUCCACUUAUAAGUACCAAAUAAUUUACAAAGUCGUUUAUCGAAGUUACAGAACAAGAGGCGCUUGGUGGAAGCGCAAAACCGCCUACAGAUCAGAGUCCAAAAGUUCACAAGAAUUGGAAGUGAUCACAAAUUACAAAAGUGUGUAUACAUGUUGCAGAGGAUGGUCAAAAAAGAAUGAUCACUGUCCUAUACCCAUAUGUGCAACUGGUUGUAGGAAUGGGAAUUGUACUGCUCCAGACAGAUGUACAUGCCACGAAGGUUAUCAUGGAUAUAAAUGUCAACACGCCUCCAGUGGGAAAGUCACUGUCGUUAAAAACGUUUUUGAAAGAGUACAGAUCAAGAGCACUGUGGUAAUGGAAUGGAAGAUAGCACAUAGCGAUAACCAGACAAACAAGGUCUUAAAAUUGUACGUCUUGCCAGAUCGUGAUCGUCCUGUAUUCAGCAGUUAUGGAAAAUACCAAUCUUCACAAGGGAAAGGAAGACAAACUUUCGGAAACAGAUUGUCAGCUACAUUUAGCAAAAUUAAAGGCAAGUACACAGUUACAUUGAAAAGAAUUCAGUACAAUGAAAAUUACACCUUCCAGUUGAAAGUGAUAUUCAUCAACAAGAAAUCGGUGACAGAAACAAAAGUAGCAGACAUUCGAAUAAAAAAUGUCGUGGGUAUGUUGUUUUGUUAUAUGGUCUAUAGAUGGUCUAUAGGUGGUCUAUAGAUAGUCUAUAGAUGGUCUAUAACCGGUCGAAAUUCUUAAUAGGUCAAAAAACAUUUUGGUAGGGCUCCUCUCACAUAUAAGUGACUUUAAUGUUUUUAGGCAAUUUCCAAUGCAACAAAAUCAAAUUAAACAUUUGCCCUUUAAAUUAACGAAAUGGUUUAAAAUUAUGCUUAGCUGACUUAGAGGAAAGUAUCUUUCGAUUCACGGAAAAGCUGACUUAGAGGAAAGUAACUUUGGA